GACUUUGGCUUUACUAUCUUUAUAAAUCUCAUCACAUUACCCUCUUCAAAAAAAAAAAAACCUGCCUCUGGCUUUCUCCUAAAUCGUUUCUGUCCUUCUUCGUCCAAUCUAUUUUGGUCUUCUACUCUCAAUCUAUUUUCGUCAGCCUUGCUUCCUUUGGUUUGUCUUUCAGUCUCCACAAUGACUACACGAAGAACACUUGAAAAAACCGUGUCGCAUGUGCUUGAACUUGUUGAUAAAGUCAGCAAGAAACCUGUGGAUCCCGACAAGAAACCUGUGAACCCUAUCUAUGACGAAAUAAAAAAGUGGUUCGAAGAAAACAAAGACUUGUUUCCUAAACUGAAGCACUUUGAGGACGAGCUGAAGAGCAAGAUUGCCGAACUUGAACAAGCUAUCGACAAUGCUGUAUAUGAUGAUGGCAAGCGAGAUGCUGAAAUUGUUCAAGGCAUCGAUAAAUGCUUGCGGAGCAUAAAAGAUUUGAUUUCCGAAAUCAACCUUGAUAAGUACGAAGUGCCGCAACCGCGGAAAGAAGAAGCUCAAUCUGAUGGGAGGAAAAUGUCUGAUGAAUGGUUAGCUUUAGGCAUCGAGGAGAGUAUUCUUGAAUCCCCAGCAAUGACUACUCUCGAGCUUAGCUACACUAUUCUUGAUCUUCCGCUGAAGAUGUGUUUGCUAUGCUUUGCAAUUUUUCCAGAAAAAGCCAUCAUCAUGAAGAGGCAACUGAUUUACUGGUGGAUCGGGGAGGGCUUUGUCAGGAAGACCAAGGAGAAAACUGCAGAGGAAAUGGGAGAAGAAUACUUCCAAAAGCUGAUAGACAUGGGCUUGAUAUAUCCAAAAUACAAGAAAGCUAAGCAGUACAAGAAAGCUAAGCAGGAUAAAAAAGAAAGUCCAGAAAGUCCAGAAAGCCCAGAAAGCCCAGAAAGUCCAGAAAGUCCAGUCGUGGACAGCUGCACAAUGCACCCUUGGAUUCGGCGUAUGGUGAUCACAGUCGCUAAAAAGGCCGAGUUCUUUGAUCUGGAUAGGAGAGGGGCACCAACUGCUGUUUCUUCUCAAUCACGCCGCAUAUGCUUUGCAAAGGAUUUGGAGAUCAAUCAAACGGUAACUCCCCCAAAUACAGAUGAAUCGGAAGAUCAGCAGACCUCUUUACCUUGGUUCAAUAGAGAUCAGAAAUAUCAGCUGCCCUUUGUAACUUUGUUCAAUAUAGAUCAGAAAUAUGUGGAUAUUAAAGAGGAGUGGUUUUCCAAGUUGAAUAGGGUUUCAGUUCUUCAACUGGGGAGGUGGCAGCAUGCUGCAGAUCAUCAUAUCGAAGUGGAAAACCAAGAUUUCUUGAAACACUUGGGGGCUUUGACGCACCUCAAGUAUCUCAGCCUCCGAGGAAUGUCAAGAAUAACUGAGCUACCUUCUUCAGUUGUUGAUCUUGUUCUCCUCCAAAUCCUUGAUCUCAGGGCAUGUCACAAUUUGGAGAGGUUGCCUCCGGAUAUCUCAUCAUUGAGGAAGCUCACACACUUGGAUCUCUCAGAGUGUUACUUGCUCGAAAGCAUGCCCAAGGGUCUUGACAAGUUAUUUUCUCUGCAAGUGCUGAAAGGAUUUGUGAUAGAAACUUCAAGAAGAAGAUCUGGCAAGCUGGUGGAUCUUUCUCAGUUGAAGAAACUACGGAAGCUAAGCAUAUAUAUAGGAAGCCAAGAUCUUGCUCAACAAGAAGAGCUUCAUAGCUUGAAAGAUAUUCAAAAUCUUCGGGUCCUAACAAUAACAUGGAAAGAAGUGGCAGAAGUAAAGCCAAAAGGUUCUGCACAGUCCGAGGAAGAAAAUGAACGACAUGCAGGGAAGUCCUUCUCAUUCCCUUCAAAAUUAGAGAAACUCGACCUUCGGUGCAUCCCUUUUAAAAAUCAACCAGAAUGGUUGAAGCCUAGCCUCUUAUUCAAUUUAAAAAGUUUAUAUAUCAGAGGAGGGAAACUCGAUGGUUUGGCUACAGAAACAAAUCAGAAGUGGAAGGUCAAGAUUCUACGUCUGAAAUAUCUGAACGCCUUCCAGACGGACGAUAAAAUAUUGUUGAAAGAUUUUCCUGAUCUGAAAUAUUUUGAGAAAAUAAAUACCUUGAAAGGGGACGAAGUUUGGGGAAAAGAAUCUUAUGAAGAAGAUGAAAAGAGUGGAGAAAACAAAGCUAAUGAGACAAAACAAGAUACUCCAAUUCAGGGUGAGGAGAAGAUGAUCGGGGAGAUGAAAGCGAGCCAUAUCCAAGAAUCUAGCCAAAUUCUGAAACAAGAUGAUGACAAAGUGUUGAGCAAUGCUGUAACUCCAGAAAGCGAAACCAAGCAAGGUUGUAUCAGAUGGAUCAGAUCAUGUAGCACAUGCUUCGAACAAAACAGUGGAAAGGAGGAGGAAGAAGAAAUGACAACAGAAAAAUCUAGGGAACCUGUGAAAGGAGAUAAUAAUCAAGUGCCAAACAAAAUUGAGGAUGAAAAAGCAAGCUCCAGCAAGGUAUCAACAAAUGAACCAAAGCCUACAUCUACUAGUGUGGGUAAGGAAGAGACCAAAGCAGAUACCAAAGUUCAAGAAACCAAGACACUUGUGAAACAAGGAGAUAAUGAUCAAGUUCCCAACAAAGUUGAGGGUGAAAAAGCAAACUCCAGCAAGGCUAAGGAAGAGACCAAAGCAGAUACAAAAGUUCAAGAAUCCAAGGGACCUAUGAAACAAGGAGAUAACGAUCAAGUGCCAAACAAAGUUGAGGGUGAAAACCCAAGCACCAGCAAGGAAUUGACGAAUGAACCAAAUCUUACAUCUACUAUUGUGCGCAAGGAAGAGACCAAAGCAGAUAGCAAAGUUGAAGAAUCCAAGGGACUUGUGAAACAAGGAGAUAAUGAUCAAGUGGUGAACAAAGCUGUGGAGGGAAGCACAAAUAAGCUCAUAUCAGAUAAAUCUCGUCUUGUUUCUCCUAUUAUGAAUGAAUAGAGGAACAAGGGAGAUUGUAAAGCUGAACUGACAUAGGAGAGAUUUGUGAAAUAAGGAGAUUCAUAUCCACAAGACGUAAUAAAGAACACUUGAAGUUUGGGAAUUUUAAAGUCUACUUACUUUCUAUUUGAUGCAAUAAGUUGGAGAUGAAAUACUUGUCAGGAAUUUUUUUAACUUAUAUUAUAUUCUAACAUGGUAUCAAAUUUGAUAUAUUAAUGAAUUGAUUGUACCGGUAUGGGAUUCUUGUAUAAACAAUCUUGUGUUAUGGAUGUAUUUAGAAUUUAUUUGAA